AUGGGUCCUCCACCGGUGGUAACGGGAGUAUCACCCAAGGAAGGACCACCGGGAACCCGUGUGAUUGUUCGUGGUGAAUUCUUGGGAAACAAAGCUCAAGAUCUCGUAGGUUUGACAAUAUGCGGAUGUGAUUGCCUUUUGUCGGCGGAAUGGAAAUCUACCAACAAAAUUAUUGCUAGGUCAGGACCUUGCAAAGGUCGUGGGGACAUUAUAGUAACCACACAUGGUGGAGGGCAAGGCACAUCAACGGUACAAUUUCGUGGUUAUCACGAAACAAUAGGCCCUAUGAAAGAGUCAGCAGUAUGGGUAGAAGAAGCUCCCUUGCAAAGUUUUGGGUGGGAAAGACGGACUCUAUCCCCGACAAAUUAUCAACAAGAAGACCCUCUAGGCCUUAGUGUAGAGGGCAAUGACAAAAAGUUCCCAGAGGACGAGCUAAUAGAACUUUUUGGAGAAGGAAGCGGUGAUCUUACCAGUGAGAAGUUUCAUCCUGGUUGGUUUCUGUUACAGCAUCAUCAUGCCACUACUUUUGGAGAUUUAAAAGCUGGAUUGGCAUUUCUUAAAAGAAAAGUAAACUCUCAAAAGGAGGGUGAAUUAUCAUUUUUGAAGGCCAAUGUAGGGUCUGUAAUGGAACAAUUGGACACAAUAAUGUUAUUAAAAGAGCAGUUUGAAGCAGAUAUAAAAACGUAUGGUAGUGAUCCUACUGAGAAAUUAGAAAAAGCUAUUCAGCAAUCCAUGUCAGAAGCUAAUAAAUUAUUCGAUGAUGUAUUAGCAAGAAGAGAUAGAGCAGAUGCUACAAGAAAUGCUUUAGCUGUAAUGCAACGAUAUAAGUUCCUCUUUUGUAUGCCAAUUAAUAUAGAAAAGAAUAUAAAACGGGGCAAUUACGAUCUUGUAAUUAAUGAUUAUGCAAGAGUAAAAAAUUUAUUUAAAACCACCGAGGUGGACGUUUUUAAACAAGUAUUACAAGAGAUCGAUGAUAGAGUCGACAUGCUUAAGAUAUUUUUGAGGAAAAAACUAGAAGAAAUGCCCUUUAGUUUGGAGGAACAUAAAAAGAUAAUUAGAAAUCUUGUUAAUUUGGAGGCUAAAGGCGAUCCAGCUUGGAACGCGAUAGUUUCACACGCGAAUUAUUUGAAGAAAAGUAUUACCGCGUGUGUACAAGAAGAUUUGGAAUCAGACAAUUCAAGUGGCGACGAUCUGAACGAAACAAAAUCUUCGUUGAACAGUAAACAAUCAAAAUCAAACAAAAAUGUUGGAACCAAUAUGCCACCACAAAUAUUAUGUACCGAGGCAAUUUGUGAUAUUAUUGUUGAACAACUGCCUGAUCUUUGGAGACUGGGUCAAAGUUAUUUCACAGGACAGCUGCAUGUUGCAGUUGAUGCCGAGAAACAAACACCUUUCAAAACUCUAGUGCUAUCUAGCAUGCAACACGCCAUGGAAGCUAUGAGAAAUACAUGCAGCAAUGAUUUAGACGCAGUUUGGCUUCUACAUAUCUUACGUAGGAUCAGACAGAUGUAUGCUUCAUUAAUUCAUUUGGAUUUACCAAGUGAUGCGCUGGACAUUUUCGGAAAACUUAUACUGGAUUUAAGAUUGCAGUGCUUUGCUGCUCUUUUUAAACAAACAGCAAAGAACAUAGGAGCUUUAAACAAAAAAGAAACUUGGCAGAUUGAAUAUUUAAACGAAGAUGGCGGCGUCACAAGAGUGCCAUAUUUGUUCGAGGAAAUGGUCAUGGAAGUUUCAAAGCAAGCAAGAGAUACAGCUGUCGCUUGUGGCCCUCGAGAAAGUGCACUGUUCGCCAGUCCUAUUCAUCAACAAUUAUAUUACAAUUCUGUCAAAACGUUAUUCACAUCGUUUGACCGAUGUCUCCAGCAGUUGGCAUUCAGUGGCUGUGAGGAGGCUUUGGAGGACGACGAAUCCUCUGUUUCUCAGCUAGUUGGUUCUCCUUCUGGCUAUAAAAGCAAAAGCAGCAAACAUCCUGGUCCAACAUGGGAGCAAUGCCUUUUGAUCUCAUUAAGUAACAUUCGUUAUACAUUGAAUACUAUUGUACCAAAAAUUGGAGAUGCGUUGAAGGAGCUGGAUUACCCAAGCUUGUCGAACGCUGUCGGAUGGAACUCUGACUGGACGCAGUUGGAAUCAUUGGCUACUGUCUUUUUAGACGCGUACUUGGAACGUCGUUGCGACCCAUUGGUCGGUACGAUCGAGCCCAGUAUGUAUCUAGGUGGUUUGGAAUGGGAUUAUGAAACUGAACCAACUCAUGUGAGACCGUACGCCCAGGAAAUUCUAGCGAAUCUGAUUGCAGUGCAUGCAGAAGUGCGUCGUGUCUCCCCAGGUUUAUUACAACGAGUGCUGUCUCAUAUUGUGGAGACUAUAGCAGAGGAGCUUGCGAGACUUAUGUCUUGUGUUACUCAAUUUCGACCUGCAGGGAUUGUUCAGGCACGAACCGACAUCGUCCUUCUACGGAACGCAUUGCAAUCUUACAGUACAACUAGAGCAAAAAACUUUUUCGAGGAAGCUCUGGACGCAAUACCCCAGCCAGUCAGCAAAGAAGACUGUAUGCGAAUCGACAUUUUGUUGUCGAAGGUGACAACGUCCAUGCAGUUGCAGUUGUCGUGUCUUUCCAGCAACACAAAUCAUACUCUGCGACUGGUAGCCGAUCCUAAUCGCGUUACCACUGUAUAAUUGUAACAGUACCUUUAGCAAUUAAUUUAUUACACUCGACCUUAUAUUUUUAUACCGUUACAACGGGAUUCGCUGUAUUAUACUAUCCAUAGUUAUUGCUGUUGUCAUAGACAGACUAAACGAGUGUCAUCCUGUGAUGUAAAACUGUAUAAACAAUUACGCGUGAUAGCUAUGAUAAAUAAAAGAUGUUUAU